UGACGGCGGCGGCGGCGCGUUGCGCUCUGACGAGUUCGCGGGCCCGGCAGCUCCGCUGUCGCUCGGCUUGCGGCUGCGGCUGUGGCUGCAGCGGUGCUGUGGACGCCGGGCAGGCUCGGGGCACGCGCCGGGCGCCGCGAUGGAACCGUUGGGGUGGGACCCCUGUGGAUGCAGCCACAUGCCUGCCCCUCACUGGCUUCUGUUCUGCAGGCUGGCGCCCAUGCGGCUGUACACUCUCUCCAAGCGCCACUUUGUCCUCGUGUUCGUCGUCUUCUUCGUCUGUUUUGGCCUGACCGUCUUCGUUGGGAUCCGAGGACCCAAAGUGAUCCAGACUUCUGCAGCUAAUUUUUCACUAAAUAGUAGCAAAAAGCUAAAGCCAAUUCAAAUACUUUCAAAUCCACUGUCUACGUAUAAUCAGCAACUAUGGCUGACAUGUGUUGUUGAGUUUGAGCAAUCAAAAGAAAUGUCUAUUCAGAUAAAGUUUCUCAUGACUGUUAAGGUCGAUGGUGUGGCUCAAGAUGGAACCACCACGUUCAUUCAUAACAAAGUCCACAAUCGGACAAGGACCCUCACGUGUGCAGGGAAGUGUGCAGAAAUUAUUGUGGCCCACCUUGGCUACUUGAAUUACACUCAGUACACGGUGAUCGUGGGAUUUGAACGCCUGGAACGGCCCAUUAAGGAAAUGAACUUCACAUGGAAGACUUAUGACCCUGCAUUUUCCCAGUUGGAAAUUUGGUUCCGAUUUGUCUUUGUGGUGCUUACCUUCAUUGUCACCUGCCUGUUCGCACAUUCCCUCCGGAAGUUUUCCAUGCGGGACUGGGGGAUUGAGCAGAAAUGGAUGUCCAUCCUGUUGCCUCUGCUGCUACUUUACAACGACCCGUUCUUCCCCCUCUCCUUUCUGGUGAACAGCUGGUUCCCAGGCAUGCUGGACGACCUCUUUCAGUCUGUGUUCCUGUGCGCCUUGCUGCUCUUCUGGCUGUGUGUGUACCACGGGAUACGGGUUCAGGGAGAAAGGAAGUGUUUGACUUUCUAUUUGCCUAAAUUCUUAAUUGUUGGACUGCUGUGGUUGGCUUCUGUUACACUAGGAAUAUGGCAGACGGUUAAUGAAUUACACGAUCCAACGUACCAAUAUCGAGUUGACACAGGAAAUUUUCAGGGGAUAAAGGUUUUCUUCAUGGUGGUGGCAGCUGUAUACAUCUUGUACCUCCUGUUCCUGAUAGUGCGGGCCUGCUCCGAGCUCCGCCACAUGCCUUACAUAGAUCUCAGGUUAAAAUUUUUGACUGCAUUGACUUUUGUAGUGCUCGUGAUUAGCAUCGUCAUCCUUUAUUUGAGGUUUGGAGCACAGGUGUUACAAGACAAUUUCGUGGCUGAACUGUCAACUCACUACCAGAAUUCUGCUGAAUUCUUAUCUUUCUAUGGCUUGUUGAACUUUUACCUCUACACUCUGGCCUUCGUGUAUUCUCCAUCGAAGAACGCCCUGUAUGAGUCCCAGCUGAAAGACAACCCUGCAUUCUCCAUGCUGAAUGACUCUGACGAUGAUGUGAUCUACGGGAGUGACUAUGAAGAAAUGCCCCUGCAGAACGGCCAGGCCAUUCGAGCCCAGUACAAGGAGGGCCCUGAGAGUGACUGAGCUCUGGCGGGCCAGCAGGACCCGGGAGCCUGGCGUUCUGCAGCGGCCACUGCCUGGUCCUCCCUGGCCUUGAUGUUCGGACUUGUCUUAUAAGCAGAGAAUUCCUCGUCCUUAUUUGUUUACAUAUUUUUGAAAGGAAAACCAAAACUGAGGACAAAUUUAAACAAUGGGCCAAAUUUAUUGUUAGAGUGGUUACAGUUAUUUGGGAAGAGAGAUGGUGAUAAAAAGUUCAAACACAAAAUCCCUUUUCAAGAUUCCAGAUGAGAAGUAGCUUGUUUUCAUGGUGAGGAGGAAAUUACUCCGGUUUUUAGUAGAAUUGUGAAUUUUAAAAAGCAGUUUACUAAUUCCAAAUUCACGGAAAGCCCUCUGAGCAAGGCCCACAGCAUGCGGGCCUUCCUCUGCUUUCUUCUUCCUCCCUGCCCACCGCGGUGUGGGCCUUUUAGCUCCAAGGGAAGCCUGAUUUUGUGGCAGUCUUGCCCACUGAGUAGCCUAGCUCUAGAUAGCCAAUUCUCUAAGUAACCCCUCCUGGUUGUUGUGAAAUGCCCAUUAGGGAAGCGGUGGGUGGGCAGGAGCUGGCCCCUCACUACCCCUACAGCAGCGCUAGCCGUGGAGUUCGGAGGGAGGCUGAGGCGGCACACGAGGAGAGGGUGACGUAACUGAGAAGUGCCAGUGGGAAGGGGUUGCUGCCGUUGUUUUCCAAGGGCCUGUGUGUACACACGGCGCUACAGACAAGAGUGUGAACAGAUGUCCCUGUGGUUGGGGUGGGGAAGAGGGUAUCCAUGCCAGUUGCAGUAAGCAGUGGCUUCUGUUAAAGAUGACACCUCACAGAGCUUCUUUUUUUUUUUUAAAUAAAAGCUAAACAGUUUAUUGAUACAACACUAGAGAUUCUUUAUUGCCAGAAAGCUUUUCAGUUUCACACUUGGAAACUAGAUGAGAGAGUAAAACAUUUUAGAUGGUUUAUGGAAGAACCUCUCAGGUAGAAGGUAACCUUUGGGGAUCAUUACCUGCCCUCAGUGUCUAAGGAGGAAAGGAAAAGUCUGCAGCUGCUGAGUCUGUGGCAUCCUAGACGACCCUGGAGAGCUCCCAGGUUCUUUUUGUCUGAGACUAAGUACAGAAGGCCAGUGGAUACCUCCCUGGUUUUUCUUGGCAUAUGCACGGUAGUGACUCUUGGCUGUUAUCAUAGUGAUGAUUGCACUUCCUGGCAGAGGGAGAGCAUGUGAUUGUUGGGCUCUGCAGACAGUACUUAUGUUUUCUUCAUCUAUGCAUUAACUCUCAAAUUACCAUUCAUAGCUAAAUAUUACAUUCCAUGUUAGGUAGUACUGGGAUUUUAUAGCGAUUCAUGAGAUACUGUUCAUUAUGAUUUCAUAUCUUUUUAAUUUAAACUAAUGAUAAUGUACCUUUAAUAUGGAUUCCAUUUAUAUUUGUUUUUAAAACCUUGUAAAUAUGUUUAAAACAACUGUAUUGCAAAGAUGACUCUAAUUUACAUGGUUUUUAUACAUUUUCAAUGGUGUGAUUACUUUUUUUGAUUGUGUACUCAGAGGUAUUGAAAAAAUUUUUGUUACCAAAUUUAAUUCUAUUAAGACUAACUAUAAUUUUAUGUAAAUUGACAAACCUACUUGUGUUAAGGUAUUCUAGUAUGUGAUAGUUUAUAAGUUUUAAUCAUUAUAAAAUAAUUGUCCAUAAUUUGGAAUGUUAUUUAUCAGUAAAUAUAAAAUAUUUGAGGCAUUUAGCCUCACAUGUUAGAACUUUUUAAAACUUGUCAUUGUCCUAUAGUGUAAAUUAUAAACUGAUGACAUCUUCAUAUCUUGAUCCUUGAUGAUGUCAGUGAAAUGAAAAACAUAGGACUAUUUACUUUUUGUAACUUAAGUUUGAAACAAAUUACAAAAGGAAGUACUUACUGAAAAGGCAUGACAACCGUUUUCCCCAUUUCUCUUCUCUGGUGUAUCAUAUAUAUGAACAUACUACAUAAUCUAUGUAAAAAUUUGCUUAUGGUGUAUAGCAGUUAGCAUGUUAUUUCCUAUGUGUUCAUAGGUAUUAGGUUGAAACACUAAAGUCCGCCAGAAACUUUAGAAAGUAGUAAGAAAUAUUUUUUUUCUUGGUAUCAGUUUUGCAAACUUAAAUUCAAAGAGCUGACUUUAUUUCUUCCAUGGUAACAGCUUGAAUAAAGUCAUCUUUGGGAUAAUUUUUUAUACUGGUCCCAUCUAGGGGACCUGGAAGAUGACCAUAGGAAACCAUUUCAGCCUCCCCAGGGAGAGCUUCAUUAUCCUUGUGGGUAGGAGGUCUGCUUGAUUUAUCGUUAAGUCAUUACAGCAGUGAAGUGAUGCAGUUUUCUCUCAAGCUCCAUUUGAAAGGCUAGAGAAGGGGACAUAUAAAAUAUAUUGAAGGUUUGUAAGAUUGUUCCUGUACAUAAUCAGGUGGCAGUUAAGAGCUUAGAUACUGUGUGUAAAUGCAGCCUAUUAACUGGGCAGGUUGCAAGAAGGGUGUCACCAAACUAAGGAUUUUGUGAACUAUUUACUGAAAGUAGUUAUGUUAAAUGGGUCAUAAUGUGGUAACUUGUAUCCUGGAGUCCUUUUCACAGGGAAAAAGAGCAGCUUAUAGAAAAGAUAAUUAAAAGGGACAUCAAAACUAGACUUAAAGCACUGAAGUAUACUUAUAUAUUUUGAGGGUUUUAGAAACCAGUUGCCUUAGAAAUUAUAGACUUUUGAAAAAAAAGAUACAGAUCUUUCCCCAGGCCCAAGAGAAGUUGCUUUAGUCUGUGACAUCUUGUUACCCUGGUUAUCUUGACUUGAAGUGUUUUAGGUAUUCUGGUAACUAUAAUACAUACACUAAAUGCAGGAUUUUCUGCUACUGGAAACUGCCUUUUUACAAAAAGACUAUAAAUGUUUGUAAAAUAAAAUAACUAAACUUUAAGCUCCAAAGGAAAGAGAACUAUGUAUUAGAUCUUGGAACUGUGUCAGUAAGCAGUCACACCUGGUCACAGAAUGAGCUUUGGAACCAAUAAAAGUGAUUAUUUACGCGAAGCUUACACUUUGGGAAUGGCUUUAUUUUCAGACUACUGUGCUGGUAAACGUUAAUAAAUAUUUAAUAUUCA